AUGGUUCGUUUGGACCGUGUCUUCGGCAUUCUUCUGGCUGUGAUUGCUGGAUGGUCGGCUUUUCACUACCCUAAAGUUGCUGGGAGUAUUCGUCAUCGCCUUAGUGUCCCGGGCGGUGGCUACCCAGACCCGAGUGAUCUGCGGAUUUAUGGCUCCGCAGCUGCAGUUAUUUACUUACUCUUCCAAGGCCUCUGCACAUGGAUUCUCAAGCCUCUUGCAGACCGUCUGCUUCCCCGCGAUCGCUGGAGCGAGCAGGUGCGACAGCUGCUAUGCUCUCAUUUUGGGGAAAUGACUUGGAAGAUGUUAUACUUUUUAAUGACGACAGCUGUCUGCCUCCUAUCAUUCCGCAAUGAGCGGUGGUGGCCACAACAGCUUGGCGGUGAAGGUGCGGAAGAGCAGCUGUGGCAGGGAUAUCCAAUGCAGCAGAACAGCGUAUAUUGUCACCUAUACUUUUACGUCGCCUUUGGGCACCACCUAGCGUCACUGAUCUACAUCCUGAAGUCGCCUUGGCUACCCGAUUUCUUUGACCGGCUCCUGCCGUGUGCCGCCGCCCUUUGCCUAAUUUACUUCUCCUACAUGAGCAAUUUUUUGCGGGUUGGCGUCGUCAUUUUAUUUUGUCACGACAUUUGCGACAUUUUUACUUGCGGGUGCAAGGCAUUCGUAGACACGCCGUAUCACAAGGUAACCAUUGGGCUUUUUGUGCUGUUAACCGUUUGUUGGUUUUACUUUCGGCUCUAUACCUUCCCGUCUGCCGCUCUUUUCCCAAUCUAUAAGGCAAUCAAGACCCGGCCAGAUCAUUCCGAGACCGAAGGCAGUAGCUACUUCAUUUUCAUCUUACUUACGCUGAGUCUUAUGAACAUAUAUUGGUUUGUGCUUAUGGUGAAGAUGUUCGUGCACUUCAUCCUCAGUGGCCAAAUGAGAGAUCUGCACUCAAGGGUCUCGGAAGAAGUUUCCUCAGCGCAGUCUCGUUCCCGAGAAAUCUCUUCUAAAGCUUCGAAGGCGGAAUGA